AUGUUACAGGCAAUCAAAUACGACAAGGGAAACCUUGAGAUCUUGGAUCAAUUACAACUUCCCUUUAUCGAAAUAUUCAUUCCCAUUCGGUCCACAGAAGAUGGAUGGCACGCUAUCAAGGAUAUGAAGGUCCGAGGCGCACCGGCCAUUGCUAUCGUCGCAAUGCUUGCACUGGCCUCGGAACUGUCCUCGGCCGUAGAAGCCAGCAAGCUUCCUCAGUCGGCCGAAGACGUGUGCCAAUACAUUUCGACCAAGCUGGCCUACCUGGUGACAAGCAGACCAACUGCGGUCAACCUGAGUGACGCUGCUCACAAACUAGAGACCCUGGUUGUGAACCGCGCCAAGGUGCCUGGGGCUCUUGGGAGCGAUGUUGCGGAUACAUUUAUGCAGGCUGCAGAGGCGAUGUUGGGAGAUGACUUGAAGGACAAUCAAAGAAUCGGGCAAAACGGUGCCGAAUGGAUCGCCAAGUACGCCGUCAAGUCGGGUCAUUCGCAAGUCGCCGUGUUGACUCACUGUAAUACCGGAUCCCUAGCCACAUCGGGGUAUGGUACCGCAUUGGGUGUGGUUCGUUCGCUGGCUGCAAAUAACACUCUACGACAUGCCUAUUGCACAGAAACCAGGCCUUAUAACCAGGGAUCCCGUCUGACGGCUUUUGAAUUGGUUCACGAUAAAAUCCCAGCUACCCUCAUCACGGACUCUAUGGCAGCCGCGUUGCUUGCGAAUGCCGAUGUGGGAGUGGGUGCGAUCGUUGUGGGGGCUGAUAGGGUGGCAGCUAACGGAGAUACGGCAAACAAGAUUGGCACCUAUGCGUUGGCUGUCUUGGCUAGACACCAUGGGGUCAAGUUCCUGGUUGCCGCCCCGCGUACCACUAUUGAUCUAGCCACCAAAUCAGGCCGGGAGAUCGUCAUUGAGCAACGGCCAGCAUCCGAGGUGACCAGCAUCAAAGGACCUCGGAGCGGUGCUGAGAGCAUCGAUGGGGCAUCUAUCGAGAGCGUACAGAUUGCGGCACCAGGGAUCAACGUCUGGAAUCCAGCAUUCGACAUUACACCCGCCGCUCUGAUUGAUGGAAUUGUCACAGAGGUCGGCGUGGUAGAGAAAGGUGCCGACGGGCAGUAUCACUUGGAUGGACUAUUUGAUGGUUCCUCGCUCUGA